AUGCCCGCAUUUUCAUCUAUCUAUCUAUCUAUCUAUCUAUCUAUCUAUCUAUCUAUCUAUCUAUCUAUCUAUCUAUCUCAGCUUGUUCAUGAUCUAUCACAGGUUGUUCACAUCUAUCUAUCUGUCUAUCUAUCUAUCUAUCUAUCUAUCUAUCUAUCUAUCUAUCUAUCUAUCUAUCUAUCCCACUUAUGCUUAUGCAAGAACUCUAGCGCCGCUAUCUAUCUAUCUAUCUAUCUAUCUAUCUAUCUAUAUAUAUAUAUAUAUGAUUUAUACCUUGAUUUAUCUAUAUAUCUAUCUGAUUAUUUCCUUCUAUCUAUCUAUCUCUCUCUCUCUCUAUCUAUCUAUCUAGCUAUCUAUCUAUCUGAUUCUGUCAUGGAUCAAGCAGGAUUUCUAUCUAUCUAUCUAUCUAUCUAUCUAUCUAUCUAUCUAUCUAUCUAUCUAUCUAUCUAUCUAUCUGUUUCUGCAUUUUGCUCGGUCUCUCUAAUACGUAUCUAUACAUUUAAUUUUGUUUUCUCUUAUUUCUGUUUCCUGUUUUUAUAUCUUUUCGUUGAAUUUCUUUCUCUCUUCAUUUUGAUCUUUUCCUUUUUCAAAAAUAUCCAUGAUGACUUUUUUCUUCUGUUCAUUCAGUCAUUCGCUCAGCCUCUUUUUUCAACAGUUACAACGUUCGACCAUUUGUGUUCGUUUUUCUUUCAUAUUCAUAGACUUUAA